CCGGAGCGCAUCCCGGAUCGCUCCGGAACCAUGGGAGCGGCGGCGGACGCGGAGUGGCUGCGCUGGGUGAGCAAGAAAUUUGGGAAUGUCGCUGGGAAGGAGAAGGAAAUCAGCCUGGAAGAGUUCAAAUCCGCGCUGCAGGUCAAGGAGUCCUUCUUUGCCGAGAGGUUUUUUGCGCUCUUCGAUUCCGACGGGAGCGGCUCCCUGAGCCGGGAGGAGCUGCUGGGAUCCCUGCGCCGGCUGCUCCGCGGGAAUUCCACGGAAAAGCUCCAAUUCCUCUUCCAGGUGUAUGACGUGGACGGCAGCGGCUCCAUCGAUGCCGAGGAGCUGCGGGUGGUGCUCCGGGGGUGUCUCCGGGAGAGCUCCCUGGCCCUUCCCGAGGAGCGGCUCGGGGCGCUGAGCCAGGCCCUGCUCCAGGCCCUGGACCGCGACCACAGCGGCUCCAUCACCUUCCCGGAGCUCCGGGAGCAGCUGGAAGCGUUCCCGGAACUCCUGGAGAGCCUGAGCAUCAGGUACAACCCCGGGCUGGCCCACGAGGAUCAGCGGGCCCGGCUGUGCUGCCUGGGGGCCUGGGUCGCCGCCACGGCGCUCCUGCUCGCCCUGGGGGCUCUGUGGCACCGGGAGCGCGGCCCGGCCCUGGCGCUGGCCCGGGGCUGCGGGCAGAGCCUCAACCUCAACUGCGCCCUGCUGGCCGCGCUGAUGCUGCGGCGCUCUCUGACCUGGCUGCGCUCCACGCCGCUGGCGGAGCUGUUCCCGCUGGAGCUGCACGUGCGGGGCCACGAGCGCGUGGGACACCUGGUGCUGGCCCUGGGGACCGCGCACGCGGGGGCACACCUGGCACAGGCCGGGCUGGCACGGCGGGACUGGCUCGCGGCCCUGGGCGAGUACGUGCGGCGGGCGCGGCCGGGCGCGGGUGGCAUUGGUGGCACUGCCCCGCAGAGCGGGCUGGCGCUGCUGGCGCUGCUCCUGGCCAUGCUCGCCUGCUCCAGCCCCUGCGUGCGCCGCGGCGGCCACUUCGAGGUUUUUUACUGGAGCCACCUCUCCUACAUCCCCGUGUGGCUCCUGCUGCUCCUGCACGGUCCCCACUUCUGGAAGUGGUUCCUGAUUCCCGGCUCCCUCUUUGUGCUGGAGAAGGUUCUGGGCUGGGCGUGGCGCCGGGCGGGGGAUCUGCACAUCCUGGAGGCCAAGCUGCUGCCCUCCAAGGUGACCCACCUGGUGAUCCAGAGGCCGAAAUCCUUCCGCUUCCAGCCGGGGGAUUACGUCUACCUGAACGUGCCGGCCAUCGCCGCCUACGAGUGGCACCCCUUCUCCAUCAGCAGCGCCCCGGAGCAGCCAGAAACCCUCUGGCUGCACAUCCGGGCGCGGGGCCAAUGGACCACCAAGCUCUACGAGUACUUCCAGCAGCUGGAAUUGCACGGCCCGGAGCCGAAUCCACCCGGGAAGAGCCGCAGGGAGUGGAGGAGCCGGCACUGGGAACAGGUGGGAUUGGGAUCGGAGCAAGGGGAUGGAUGUGGAGAAGGAUCUGUGGCCUCGGGCAGGGAUGGAGCCGUGGAGCUGACGGCGUUCCGAGCCUCCGGAGCUGCUUUCCCGGAAAAGGACCCGGAGCAGGGGGACACCGGGCCUGGGGAGAGCCAGCGGAGCUGCAGCGUCAAGUGCUUCCUGGACGGUCCCUACGGAACGCCGAGCCGGCGGAUCUUCACCUCGGAGCACGCCGUUCUCAUCGGGGCCGGCAUCGGGAUCACCCCCUUCGCCUCCAUCCUGCAGAGCAUCAUGAUCCGGUACCGGCGGCGGAAGCAGAGCUGCCCCAGCUGCCAUUUCUCCUGGAGCGAGGAACGGACAGAUGAGGAGAUGACGCUCCGGAAGGUGGAUUUCAUCUGGAUCACGCGGGACCAGCAGCACCUGCAGUGGUUCCUGGGCCUCCUGGCCAAGCUGGAGGCGGAGCAGGCGGAGCUGGAGGCGGGAGGGAAGUUCCUGGAGCUGCAGCUGUACAUGACCUCGGCGCUGGGCAGGGGCGAUGUGAAGGCGCUGGGGCUGCAGCUGGCCCUGGACCUGCUGGCGGAGCGGGAGCAGCGCGAUUCCAUCUCCGGGCUGCGCUGCCGCACCCGGCCCGGCCGCCCCGACUGGGAACAGGUGUUCGCGCGGGUGGCGGCGGAGCGGCGCGGCGCGGUCGCGGUGUUCCUGUGCGGGUCGGCGGGGCUGGCCCGGGCCAUCCGCCGGCACUGCCGCCGCUUCGGCUUCCGCUUCCACCGGGAGAACUUCUGAGAGAGCCCGAACGCCAGCCGGGAUCUGCGGCCGGCAGCGGGAAUGGGGCUUUGGGAACGCUCCCUUCGGAAAAGCACGGGAAUAAAUC